AUGCCACCACCGCCAGAUCAUCCAAUCGUAAGUUUAUUGCCAGGGUGUUUUUAGAAUGAAAAUUUUCGAAUUUUUGUUUUCAGAAAGACAUUUGUGCUGCUUACAAACAAAAAUGUGUGGUAAAAUUGAACCGUGAUGAUUGUGAUGAGCGAAAUUUGGAAUGUGAAAAAUAUGCAAAACAGGGUGUUCGAACCACAUGGAACUUCUGUAAGCCUAUCUUUCUCUCCUGAGUUUUAGAUGAAUCAACAAAAUCUACAAAAUAUCCGAUUCGGUAUUUCGAAUUUUCAGGCAUGUUCUCAAACAAUUACGACCUAUCAAUUUGCCGUGCUCGAAAUGAUAUUGAUUUUCAAAUUAUCAAAGAUUGGAUUUCAAAAGAUCAAUUCGAGUAUAUUCCCGAGUAA